AUGACAGACAUCUUUGCUGGCGUGGACUCGCAAGCCGGCCCCUCUACGACGCGACAAUCGCGCCAGGACGCUUCAUCAGCUUCGCCGGGGUUGGAGGAUGGCAUCACGAACACAAGCGGCGGGGAUGGCCAGAAGAAGCGCCGAACACGCAACGGAUGCCUGGUCUGUCGCAAGCGCAAGAAGCUGUGCGACGAGCAGAAGCCCUCGUGCGGCGCCUGUACACGUCUGUUGCUCACUUGCGAAUGGGAGGAUAAGAUGCAGGCCGCGCUCGAGCGGCGGAGGAAGCGUAUCGAGCGCUUGCAGCAGAAGGAGCGGAUCAAGCAGGAGGAGGAGGAGAAGUCGCGCGAGUUGCAGGCGAAUGCGGGUGCCGCUGGCACGCCAGACUCGAUGAUGGCCGUGGCGGCAUGGCCGUACGGAGCGGCCGGGAUGGGCUGGCCACCAACGAUGAUCCCGUCGUGGCCAUCUACUGGAGUCGACUUUGGCAUCCCUCCCUACAAUCCCGCAACCCCGUCAAUCGUGCCACAACCGCCCACCUUCUCCGCCUCGCCUUCUGCUCCUCCCGUUUCGACUGCAUGGAUGCCGUUCCUCGGCUCUUUUGCCCCUACGCCGUACGAGCCUGCUGCGACGAACGAGCCGAUGGGAUGGUCCGCCACUCUGCCACCGCAUGUCGGAGCCUUCUCGCCUCAGGCCGGUCCAGCGCCUGCGAUACUUCCGCAGUCUGCCAGCUCCGGACAAGCUGACGACGAACGGCAGAGCGAGCAACUCGACGUCGAUCAUAAAAGCACCGGCUCGAGCCCGCCUUUCGACCUCUUCGCCCUCCUGCGCUCGCCAUCGCCUGGCGCGCACCCCUUCUCAGCCGCGCUCAAUCAGCCGAUGCUCGACAACCUCGCCUUGCCAGGAUCAAACGAAGCAUUGUCUUCGCUCGAUCUCCAGAUGGUCGCGACGAAGGCGGUUGAUGCGGAUCGCCUCGCUCUUGCUGCCUUCAGCGAUGCGGUUGCGCAAGCGCAAGUCACGCCUCAUCCCGAUCAGCCUCUUCCGGUCGCCGUCAACCAGGCGGCAAGCUUCCUGGCGUCUGCGGACUUUGCGUUCACGCAGUCGUACCUGCUGUCACAUUACACCACUUCGCUCGCUCGUCUCGUUUCCCUCGCCUCCGCGCCCUCCUCCGAAUCUUCGUCGUCUCGUCCCUCCUCGUCUUCCGAACGUUCGCAGUCACGCUCCCGCACAAGCCGCGAGCGAGAGCGUACCGCCGCAACAGCGAAAUCUGCUCGCGCGUCCGCCAACCUCUACCUCUCGCUCGUCCCUCUCGCGCAUCGCCACACCUUUCUCCUGCAUGCCAUCCUGUCGUGGAGCGCCGCCAACCUCGCAGCGGCAUCGGCGGCCAGGCAGCAAGGUGCCGAAGCACCUGUGCCGGGACAGCCGCCUGCGGGAGGAGGGAACAGUGUGAUGGCGUCGCUGUCGGACCAGCUCGGCCACCUGGCCGAUCAAGGACUCGUCGCUGCGCUUCCGGCUCUCGAGGCGUAUGCAGCCGCCCGAGCAGAACGGGCGGCGGAUCAGUCGAUGAGCGACGAGACGAGGCGGGAGAAGGAUCUGGAGGAGAUACCGCAGAUUUGGGAGGCGAUGCUUGCGGCACGGUUGAUGCUCACGCAUACGGCUAUCUGUCAGGGCGCCGUGGACCUGUGGCGCACCCGCAUGCGAGAGUGCCGCUCGCCUCUCGCCCGCCAGCUCGUCAAGAACCUUCUCUACCACGACGUCCUCUCGUCUUCGUCCCGCAACGACGGCUUGCUCGUCGACUACAGCGCUCUGCGCACGCGAGACUCGGCGCGAGACGGAGGCAGCGCUAAAACGAGUCCUGCGAGUGCGACGCCGGGCGAAGGUGACAGCGAGCAGGACAGACUGGACGAGGAGGACGAGGAAGAUGUGCUGGACACGCUCAUGGGUGCCGCCGAAGCCGUCUUCCUGCUCAUCGCCUGCAUCACAAACCUCGCCAAGGAGAAGCGGCAAGCGCUCAAGACCAGUGGCGGAACGAUCGCCGAAGACGACCUCUCGACAUACAUGCGCAAGGUCGAGGAGAUCAAGUACGAACUCGAGCGGGAGAAGGACAGGAUGGAUGCCUUUUUAGUCGAGCGUCCCGACCUCGAGCCUCACCGCUACUUUCACGAGGUCUUCCGCCUCGCCGCCCUCCUGUACCUCGAGAUGCUGCUCGAGCUUCCGCCCACCUCGUACCCGAUCCUGCUGCUUGUCCGCAAGAUGCUGAGCCUGACUGAAGUCAUCGUCAGCGAGUCGCUGCCCGGCUUGUGCAGCAUGCAUUGGCCACUCUUCCUAAUGCACCUCAACUCGACGCCGCUCGUCUCGCCUCACUCGUCCUUGACCGACCGCGCCCGCUCAACCCGUCUCUUCGACCGACACAUGGACGAGUUCACGUUCAUGAACACGAAGCGGUCGCGUGCGCUCAUCGACGAGGCGUGGAGGAGGAGCGAAGACGGGAGGAAGUUCGUGGACCCGGAUUCGAUUCUCGAGGAGUGGGGCUGGCAUCUCAAUUGGGCGUAG